AACCCUAACACACGCGCGCGCGCGCGUAGAAAGAAAUGAAUUCCCAUUAUAAAUAUUCGGGCGCACCCCCACGGUUAAACACACGGUUUCAGGUGCUAACUCUCGCAAUACACACUCACACCCUCCGCUACUGAAACUUUAGUCUUAUUAUUACAAUCAUUUUUUUCUCUCUCUCUAAACAGUAAACCCUCAUCUCUCUCUUACUUUCUCUCUCUUAAAAUCAACAAACAAUGGAAGAAGCCCUCCGGCGCCUCAACGGCUCCCUCACCAGAGAUUCCGACCCUCUCCUCCCUCCCACCGCCGUCCCCAAACGCUGCUCCGCCGCCACCAAGAGGUCCCUCAAAGACGGCCCCCCCGCCCCCUCCUCCGCCGGCACCAUGAGGUACCGCGGCGUCCGCCGCCGUCCCUGGGGCCGCUACGCCGCCGAGAUAAGAGACCCCCAGUCCAAGGAGAGGCGCUGGCUCGGCACCUUCGACACGGCGGAGGAGGCCGCCUGCGCCUACGACUGCGCCGCCCGUGCCAUGCGCGGCGUCAAAGCCAGGACCAACUUCGUCUACCCCACCUCCCCUCCUCCGCCUCACCACCACCACCACCUUUACCCUACCGCGGCCGAGAAUCUCCUCCCUUCGUUCGUCACCUACGCCAAAUCAUCGUCACAGCCGUCCAUCCUGGGCGGCGGCAACCACCACCGCCACAGCUUCGCUCCGCCGUCUUCCUUCGCAAACCCUAAUCUUGAUUUCAACGGGCCUUCUUACCGGAGCGGCAGCAACUCCAUCAACAUGCUUCUCCUCCGCGACUACUUAAAUUCCACCACCACCACCAAAUUCUCCGAACCCUCUUCUUUCAACUACGAUCAAAUCCCACUCAAUUUUCCCGCAACUCCAAAUGAUUUCAUGGGCUCCUCUUCCUUAACCCCACGCGCCGCCACAGUAGACUCCACAAUAGUUUCUGACGUCGGAUUCGAUAAUCCCAUCUCCGCCGCCCCUUUCGCCGACGACGACUCCAUGGAAUUUUUCCCGACAGAGAGGUCUGACUCAGGUUUGCUCCAAGAAGUUAUUCACGGGUUCUUCCCCAAAGCCAAAGAAAACGACGAGAACUAUGUUAAAUAUUCGAAUUCAGACAACGGGUUUUUAGGGUUUCCAGUUGACGGUUAUUAUCAAAGAGUUCAGCAUCCACAGUACGAGAAUUUGAAUUAUUCGAGUAGCGCUUUCUCUGGUACUGAAAGGAACUGCACCGAACCGCACUGCAGUGAUCACAUGAGUUUCCCUACGGCGGGGGCUAAUGCACCAAAUGGAAUAUUCGGUGACAUUUUCCACUACCAGGAAGCAUUAAAUUUAUUUUCAGCCAAAGUGCAGAAUGCUUGA